UAACUAGAAUCGAGUUUCCUGUUGUCUGCUUUGACAGGAGUAAUGACAAGGGCAUUAUAGUUUUUCCCCCAAACGACAAAUAUAGAUGUGUUUUUUCGAACUUGGAAAAUUAUUAGACCAAAUUUUGCCGUUUUCCUAGCCAGUGCCAGUGGGACAGGGAAACAACAGUCAUCGCUUUGUGGUUGGAAAUUUUUCUUUCUUUCUUUUUUUUUUGUAUGACGUGCUCACCUUGAAGCCAGCAGUAGCAGUAGCAGCAGCAGCAGCAGCAGCAGCAAGCAAGCAAGCAAGAUAUUGACCCUGCACACAAACGCAUACAUAUACAAUACACGCAUACUGUGAUUAAAUAGCGCAAAAUAUUCAUUUGUUUCGUUCCGAAAUGUUUUUUAUCGACAGAAACCGGCGAACACUGCAACUGGGCACCAACGAACAGAUGACCACCGCCGCCUCCACAUCGCAGCAUGCGUCCUCGACGAUGAUGGCUGGCUCGGGAUCGGGACUGGGAUCAGGUUCUAUUGUUGCUACCGCAUCCUCUGCCACCGCCACCGCCGCCCCAAUGACCACACCGAGCAGCUCGGCUGUCCGGGCAUUGGCCAUGGAAUAUAAGUCACUGCAGGAGGAACCGGUGGAGGGAUUCCGUGUCAAGCUGAUCAAUGACGAUAAUCUAUUUGAGUGGGAGGUGGCAAUUUUUGGGCCGCCAGAUACUCUCUAUCAGGGUGGAUACUUUAAAGCGCAUAUGAAGUUCCCGCACGACUAUCCGUACUCACCGCCAUCCAUCCGUUUCCUGACAAAGGUCUGGCAUCCGAAUGUCUACGAGAACGGUGACCUGUGCAUAUCUAUACUUCAUCCGCCGGUCGAUGAUCCUCAGAGUGGUGAGCUGCCCUGCGAGCGCUGGAAUCCCACACAGAAUGUCCGCACCAUCCUGCUGUCGGUGAUCUCGCUACUCAACGAACCCAACACAUUUUCGCCGGCCAAUGUCGAUGCGUCGGUGAUGUAUCGCCGAUGGCGGGACUCGCAGGGUAAGGACAAUGAGUAUCCCAACAUCAUUCGCAAACAGGCCCUGGCCGCCAAUGCUGAGGCCAAGCGCGAGGGCAUUGUGGUACCGAUGACCCUGGAAGACUAUUGUCUCAAGCCCACUCGCAAGCCCACAACAGAAUCUGCCAACUUUUAUGAUGAUGACUUCGAUCUGGAGACCGAGGACGAUCUGCCGACAGACGACGACGAUUUCGAGGACGAUGACGACGAGGAGGAGGAGGACGAGGAUGAUAGUGCCACUGCGUCGAUAAGCAAAAAUAAUGGUGGCAGCAAGUGCAACAACAAUGGACUGGGCCACGAUGCGGCCAUUGCCGGUGACGGUGCUGUGGUGGCGGAUGAUGCCGAAUCCGCUGACGACAGUGGCAAGGGCGAGACCACAUAAUGUAGCCACGGGAGCCCCGCCAUUCGCCAAGUUUCUUCUUCCUCCACCUCCUGCCCUAGGCGGCGAGCCACCGCCUUUUAAUUUCUUCAACAUUAUUAUUAUGAUUAAUGCUAAUUAUAAACGUUUCAAAACUAAA